AUGGAGUUGACAGAAUGGAGAAACUCUGCCCUCGAGGCGGCUUCUCAGUCUCUGUUUGACGAGAGCUCCACCCGGUCCGAAGAUGCCAGUGUCCUAUUAGUCCUACUCUCGUUCUUUUCACCAUGCGAGAAAAUUCCCCUGGAACUAUUUAAACGGGGGUCAACACCUCGAAAACGAUGGACAAUCGAGGGAGAGGUUGAGCUUGUUGAUGCGACCAAAGUUGGCCUGGCCUCGUGGUUGAUCGACAUACUAGCAGAUGACCAACGACUUACACGAGCCUUUUGUGAACUAUGUCAACUGGCAGCUGUUCUCAAGUAUCCAGAUGAGACAUAUCACUUGAAUGAAGAUAUGUCAGCGAGAGUCCACCGAAGCCUUGCCCCAGAUGCGCUCCCGUUCUGGCGACAACAGUCUUUGAUUGUGGCAUAUAGAGCCAUACCCUGGAAGUACAUCGAGUUCCCAGAACCCGUGGUUAAAUCAUUCUUACCGCAUCUGCAUCAUGUUGCUGAGGCGUUCCACGACUGUUUCGAUGAGCUGCCUACAGCCACCAGAACCGACUUCAUGCUCACACUCAUUGAAGCCUUCCGGUUUCCAGACAUGGCAUGGAAGUAUUUCGCGAUUGGUCAGGCAGAGUUGGCUGCUGGGCGCUUGAAAGAUACACACCUCCGGCUUUGCAUUGGCCAGACGAAAGCAGUCCUGGGACGUCUCAGUGGAAACAUGGAUGAGGCCACAGAAAGUCUUCACGACUUCGGAAUCAACUGCCCGACGGCCGCUGUGAACAAGCGCAUAAGCUGUGAGGUAGGAGUCGCUAUUAUCCAACGUUCCCUAAACUCAAUCCAAGUGGCGGAUCUGUCGACUGCGCAGAAGCUAUUGGAGGAUUGGAACCCGCUCGGCGAUGAACCUUCGCCUCUGGAAGAGAUCCUCAGUUUCCGCAAACACUCACUGCUGGGAAGAGUCAAGCGACUGCAGGGCAAUUUCGAUGAAUCUCUAAAGUUGCUGGAGAUAGCACACGAAGUGUCGCAGAAAUCGAGUCAGCUCGUCUUUGAUGAGGAUCUUCGGGAUCUGACAUGCGAUUUAGCCGAUGCUUUGAGAGAACUUGACGAGCCUAUGAUAGGCGAAGGAUAUCUUCGUACUGAGAUCAUACGGCGUACCGAGAGGCCCGACCCUUUGACAGGCAAAUCACUUCUUGAAUUGGCUUUGUCAGAGGCUCUUUUUGCCCAGGAACGUUAG